AUGGCACAGCUCUUGGACGGGGCCGGCAAACUGGGCUGGGUUCUGCUCAAGUCUGUGAUGCGUUUUGCGUUUAUGCUGUUCAACAACUGUGCAGCCAUCCCAUCCUACUGUUUAUACCUAGUGCUUCUCCAGCCGCUGAGAAUAUGGGACAGCUCGACUUUCUGGCACAUCGAAGGAAUAAUGUUCAAAUGGUUGCUGGCCAUGGUGUCUUCAUGGGGCUGGAUCGCAGGUUAUACAGUAACGGAGUGGGGUGACGACGUACGGCCCAUCUCUGAAGAAGAAGCCAUGGUCAUCGUCAACCACCAAUCCACAGGAGACGUGUGCACCCUCAUGAUGUGCCUGCAAGACAAGGGCUUGGUGAUACAAAAAAUGAUGUGGUUGAUGGACCAUGUGUUCAAAUACACCAACUUUGGCCUAGUGUCCCUGAUCCACGGGGACUUCUUCAUCAGACAGGGUAAAGCUUACAGAGACAAGCAGCUGGUCUACCUGAAAGAUCACCUAGAGAAAUACUACCACAGCCGCAACAGGAAGUGGAUAGUGCUGUUCCCGGAGGGAGGCUUCUUGCGCAAGCGGCGGGAAACCAGCCAGUUAUUUGCCAAGAAGCAUUCUCUCCCGCACCUGAACCACGUCACGUUGCCUCGCCUCGGGGCAACCCACGUUAUCCUGAAAACCCUGUCAGCCCAGCAGGAGAAUGGCAGCGUGAGCAGCGAGACUGGAUCCUCUAAUCAGACGGGUAAUAAACGUAAAGGCCUGCAGUGGGUAGUAGACAUGACCAUAGCUUACCCCAAAGCAAGACCCAUGGACAUCCAGACCUGGAUCUUUGGCUACAGACCUCCUACAGCCACACAUGUACACUACAGGAUGUACCCAAUAAAAGAGGUUCCUGUGGAGGCAAAGGCCCUGACUGACUGGCUGUAUCAGAGGUUUGUGGAGAAAGAAGAGUUGCUGACCCAAUUCUACGACACAGGAUCAUUCCCCUCUCAAGACGGACAGAAGGAGGCAGUUUCCCGGCCGAUGAUCCUCGACCCCGUGUGGCUGGGCGCUAUCCAGCUGUUUGCUUUCGCUUCGGCCUACAUGUGGUACAGCGUCCUCCAGUACCUCUACUGCUGUUUAUUUUGAGUGCGCUGAUGAGGCGAGAGUCUUUGUUGGACCACUGGAAAAGCCUCAGGAUCAGUUGGUGUGUGGCCCAGCGUCAUACUUGCCCCCUACGAUGGAUGAAUGUACAUUUACAACAGUGGAGAGAGACUUAACAGGAAAACAAAAAACAUAUGAAGAACACAAACACACAGAAUACAGAUACCAAUACAAUAAGGAACUGGUCACAGGCAUAGUUAACUUGCACACAACUCUCAACACCACACACUCGCUCCAACGGCCUCGCAGAAUAAUCUCUCGCACUCGUCACGACUCACAUUUUGAUGUUUACACGUCCUCAUACACGUAGACGCUCACACUGACAUAACUUUUUAUUCAAAGUGAAUGAAAAUGAGGCUCAGGACUCGUCCAGAGGACGCUCUGGACCGGACUCUCUCUCUUCCCCUCCUAGGCUUUAGCCGUAGUAGUUUUACAGAGUAUAAAGUACGUAUGGACGCGUGUGUGAGUGAAUAUAUGUGACUAGAAGCAUAAUGUCUGCCCUUGUUCUUCUUCCUGGCGAGAGUUGAUGAAGCCCACUGGACCUCUCUUUCAGCCCGCUGACUAGCUGGCUGGCCACACCUUCCAGAGCGAGCGGCUGUAUGGACGUUGAGGCUGCGCAGCCCGCUGCUCCUCUGGCCUUCAUUGCACUAAGGAUCCAUACUGCCCUAACUGCUCCCUGUCCCAGGAAAUAUUCCUGCGUGGUAGCUGUCGAUGUUUUUAAUUUCUUUUUGUUGUUCUUCCCUUAACCUGCAUAUCUCCACAACAACGGCCAUUGUAUUUGUUGUUGAUGUCUUUUUUGUUGACUUUUUUUUUUGUGUCCGCCUGUCUGUCGAGGCAGUAUUCUGAGCUCACUGAGAAAGGGGGGAUCAUGUUUACACUGGCAGCCCUGCUGAGAGCCUAACAGGGAUGGAGGCUAUGAUGCGGCGCUGGUUUUAAGGAUCGUUUCUGUGUCAGAUGUUGAAGGGAGGAAGAGGAGACGGUGCCGUAGUGCUGCUCUUUUUUUUUUUUUUUUUUUUUUUUAAGAGUAAGAAAAACAGUGGUGGCACGCAGGGCAAGAAUUGCAGUCUGAUCAACUCAAAAAUAACUCCCUCUUUGUGGAUUCCCCUUUUCGCCCUCUGCUCUCCGACAUGCAUACACACACAAACACGUGCACACACAGCCAUGUGCAGCUACACACAGCAGAGUAGACGUCUGUCUCGAAGGAUCAUCUCAGCAAGCCAGACUGAGAAGGCAGAGACUCUUAUUCCCCCAUUGGUCUACAUAGUUUUACAAAUAUUUAAGCCAUAUGCUUAGUGUCGUUGGGUGGGGAAAAGACUUGGGAAAAAAUAUGAUUUUUAUAGAAAGCUACCCUAAUGUUCAGCAUUCUAAAAUAGACAUUUUGGCUUACAGAACUAUAGGUGUCAUUACUGUAAAUUUACAGCAUAACCUGCCUAAGUGAGUGUGUGUGGUUGUCUUUUCCCCCCAUUUUUGAUAUAUAUGAUUCAUGUCGUGUUGCUCUGUGACGUCAGAGUGUGGCGGCAAUUUCACCACGAGUGGUCAAAUUUUAUUUUUAUUUUUAAAUUACAUGAAACUGUCGUCCUCAUGUCAUGGUAUGUUUAAAUCUUGUACAUAACAAAGCUGAGGAAGAGUUUUAAUUGUUGGAAAUGACGGCAGCGUUUCUGUUCUCUUUUUGGUCCGUGAUAAUUUCAGAAGAAUUUUAGUUAUAAAAUAUCAUGAAUGUUUCAAAAAAAGAAAAGAAAAAGAAAGCGAGGAUUUUUCCCUUCAUUUCUCAGUGUUAACCCUGUUUUUAUUUUUGAUUUGACUUCCUGACCAGGAAGUUGUUGUGUGCUUCAAGACAUUAGAGCUACUGUACGUCCGUGUGCACGGCGACACAUGGGCCCAGUUUCAAAAUUUGUACCAUUGUACAUUAUAACUCAUCAGGAUUUAGUGGAAAAACCUCGACUGUCGAGCCUUACCUGAUGUCCAGGUGGACCACAAUCCCAAAUAAUGCUGUUUCCUCACACUCCCUCUUGACAAACAUUUGUUAUAAAGAUGCUUUCACAGGUUCAAGAUAGAACUGGGCCUGUGAGGAAGGGAUCACUCUUCACUUGCGAGGGAAACUCUGGCAGGGCCCUGCAAUGAUGCAGCUGUUCUCUCUCUCUCUCGAAUGUACUUGUGUUUUGAGGUUGAUUAUACGUAAUUUGCUUAGUCUGCUUUAAUUAGGAAAAUUAUAGAGGAGCAGCAAUUAUCAUUGUCAAAAUCUAAUGCAUAAAAGGUGCAUUUUAGUUUACUGCCCUCCCUGUGUGCCACUGUUGGUAGAAACUGUGUGUGAAAUGCAAAAAAAAAAAGGGCUACCUGACUGGGUAGGUAAAACAUUUCAAAUCAGGCUGUUAAUGUGAUUCAUCCCGCGGCCCUUUCAGAUUCCCCUCCAUCGUGAGAGUGACUGGAAAUGAAGCGUCAUCUUUCUUUCUUUUUCACCUUUUUAUUUAAUUUAAUUUUUUUUUUUUUUUAUCUGACCAUUUUUCCAAAGAAGGCAGGGAAAUAAUGUUUUCCUAGAUGUGGUUUUAGGAAAUAAACACAAUAGGGAUUUAAACAAAUUAUACUAGAGCUGUCUGUAAUUUUCCAUUUUGUACUUCUCCUUUAAUUCCUAGCUACACAGCCAUUUUACAACACAAAAGACUUGUGCUGGAAUAAAACAUCAUAAAGAUCCUAA